GCUUGCGGAGUUGGCAAUCUCCCUUCUCCGUCUGCCGAACCAUUUCUCUGAGCCCGUUUCUUACUCUCCGUCCUUCUCUUGGGCACUUAUGUUGCUCCAAUCUCCUUCCUCACCCAUCCUCUCUUUUUCUCUCUCAAGUGUGAAAAUUUUCCAUCUUUCUCCAUCAUCGUUAUUCAUUUAUUGCUAACUCACAUUCAUUUACUCAUUUUAGUGAAGUUCCGUGCUUCAGCUUGUGUGUGUGUGUGUGAAAAUAUGCCGCUAGUGAGGGUGCAGGUUCGGAAUGAGUACGGCCUGGGGCGGCCUGAGUUGUGCAAAGGGACCAACAGAGAAGAUCCCAAGGCUGUGCUGGAUGGUGUGGUUGUGGCUGGCCUUGUGGGGAUCCUGAGGCAACUGGGUGAUCUUGCUGACUUCGCGGCGGAGGUUUUUCAUGGUCUGCAGGAGCAAGUACUUACCACAGCUUCUCGGAGCCAUAAAUUGAUGCUUCGUGCUCAAAACAUUGAAGCUUCUCUUCCUCCACUGGAAAAGGCCAUCUUGGCACAAACAAGCCACAUACACUUUGCUUACACAGCUGGUUGUGAAUGGCACAGUCGCACAAAAACUGAACAAAAUCAUUUCAUUUACAAUGACUUGCCACCAUUUAUUAUGCAUUCAUAUGAAGAAUGCCGGGAUCCUCCAUGCCUGCACUUGCUUGAUAAAUUUGAUCCUGGUGGCCCAGGAUCUUGUCUAAGAAGAUAUUCAGAUCCCACUUUCUUCAAGAGAGUAUCAGAAUCUUCUGAUGAAGUACACGUUGAGAAAACUGAAAGAUCUAGGAAAACUAGUAGAAUCAAGAAGAGGUUGUCACGAAGAAAUGGAGAAACUCUGCAGGGUGAACAAAUGCAUAGCAAUAGCGGCAGGCAAACUUCUUUUUCACAAACAGCUGAUGUGGUGCUGGAAUCAGAUCUGGAGGAUCAUUCUUAUUCUGUUGAUUCAAGAGCUGAUGUUGGACGGGGGAGAAGUAUGUCAGAAAGAAAUGGAGAGACUCUGCUAGGUGAACAGACGUAUAGCAAUGAUGGCAGAAUGCAGUUUGCUUCGCAUGUCAAUGGGCAAACUUCUUCCUCCCAAACAGCUCAUGUGGUGCUGGGAUCAGAUCUGGAGGAACUUUUUUAUUCUGUUGAUUCAAGAGCUGACUCUGGCUACAUUGAGUGUGUUUUUCAGCCAAGUAAUUCGGUGCAACUUGGCGAGCAGGAAUGUAAGGAAUUACCCUCAUCUGGGUUGACAAAGAAAACUGAUGCUCUUCAGUUGGCAUCUCCUACUAUAGAUUGUAAGUUUUCCCAAGGAUCAUUUGACAAGCAAAUUGCCUCAACUUCUACUGGUCCUACUUGGGAUAAAAAGGAAGAGAUAGUGGAUUCUGAAAGUCAACAGUGCGAUAGGGAUGAAAUUCCAGAGGUCCUUGAUGAAACGCAGGGCCUACAUAUGCUUGAAGAUGAACCUGCCACCCCAGAAAAUAGUGAUAAAAGUGAUUUCAUAUAUGGAGAGGAAAGAAACCUAAAACCAGUUUCGAACAGGGUCCAAACAGAUGAAACUGAUAGCGAACCUGAUAAUUACUUGGAUGCUCUUAACACUAUUGAAUUGGAAUCUGAAAAUGAUCUUGAUUGCAAAGAAAAACGAGAGGCAGAACAGUUCAAAUCUCAUGUCACUUCUGAAGUCAUGGUAAAUGCAGUGGGAGCUACAUCUACUGUACUAGACCAUGAUUUUUACAAUAUUUUUUCUCAUACUAUAUCUAAUGCAUCUUUAUACAAAGAAACAGGUUGGGAUUUCCCUGAAACCCUGCAAGAAAUUUCUCCUCACAUAUCAGAGAGACAUGUAACUGGUUUAAGAAAUUCAGUUCAAUCAGAUGUUCCUGAUAACAUAGAAAGGACCAAGAUUUUAGUUGCUUCUUAUGACUCUGAGAGUCCCAUCCGUGAACUGGUUCCUGACAUAUGUGGAAAUUCUGUUUUGGACUGCUCUGUAGGCCCGAAUACUUUGGAUGAUACUUGUUCUCUUGAUGAUACAGUGUCAGCAUCCAUCAAAACUGUUCCAUCAAAUGCACCUGUAGAUAUAGAAAGUAAAAGGAAUUUAGUUGAUUCUCACUGCUCUAAGAGCCCCACUCAUGAACAGGAGCCUCACCAACCUGGAAGUUAUGCUUUGGACUGCUCCAUAGGUACCAAUCCAUUGGAUGAUGCUCAUAUUCUAGACAAUGCAGUGUCAGUGUCCAUUGAGCCUGUUCAAUCAAACGUUAUUGUUAGCAGAGAAAAGAUUGAGAGUUUAGUUGAUACCUUUGAGUAUCCUAUCAGUGAACAGGUGGCUCACGUCAGUGGAAAUUCUAUUUUUGAUAAUGCUCAUAAUGAACAGGAGCCUCACCAACCUGGAAAUUAUGCUUUGGACUGCUCCAUAGGCACCAAUCCCUUAGAUGAUGCUCAUAUUCUGGACAAUGCAGUGUCAGUGUGCGUUGAGCCUGUUCAAUCAAAUGUUAUUGUUAGCAGAGAAAGGACAGAGAGUUUAGGUGAUACCUCUGAGUAUCCUAUCAGUGAACAGGUGGCUCACAACAGUGGAAAUUCUAUUUUUGACAAUGCUCAUAAUGACUCACAGUCAGCAUCCAGUGAGAAUGUUUCACCAGAUGUUUUUGUUAAUUCAGAAACGACCAAGGAUAUAGCUGAUUCUUGUGCCCUUCAGAGUCCCAUCCAUGAACAGGUGUCUCACGUAUGUGGAAACUCUCUUUUAGAAUGCUCUGUAGGCACCAAUCCCUUGGGUGAUUAUCCCACACUUAAUGAUUCAGUAUCAGCAUCAAUUGAAAUUGAUCCAUCAGAUGAUCCCCUUAACUUCGAAAGGAGCAAGAAUUUAGCUGACUCUCACAGUUCUGUGAGUAACAUCCAUAAACAGUUGCCUUACAUUAGUGGAAAUUCUGUUUUGAACUGCAUGGGAGGCACCAAUCCCUUGGGAGAUGCUUGUACUCUUCAUGAUACAGUGUCAACAUCCAUUGAAACUGAUCCAUCAUCUGGUUCUAAAAGUUCUGAUUUACCAGGCAAGGAAGCACAUGGUAUUGACAGUAAUGUCUCCGAAAGUAAGAAGACUCCUUCAGAGCCGACUAGGGAUCCUUCAUUUGGGUUAUGGACUAACGGUGGAUUAUUGGGACUUGAGCCAUCGAAACCCCCUGAUUUUAUUAUGUCAAGUUCUUUAAAUCAAGGGCUUAUGACCUUGGCAAAUGGUGCAGAUGGUGUUUCAAAUAAUAAUUCAAUACUAAAGAGCAAUGGAUAUAGAGAGGAACAAGAUUUAUCAAAGAUUGCUGAACUAAAUCAAAAGGAACCAAGUUCUAGAUGCUUAGUAUCACAGUGUGAUGAUCAAGCUUGCAUCUCUGGAAAGACAUCCAGCUGUCAUUGGCAGAGCAGUAGACGUGUUCAAAAUGAUGAAGAUUUUGAUAAAAAUGGGGUACCGGUACCUGGAACUGUUGUCCCAGUUGUGCACACAGGUUGUACUGAACCUAUUAAGGGAAGUGGGCUCAAUUCACCUCUUCUGUUUGGGCUUGGUCAUAAAUUACUUGCAAAUAGCUUUUGUCGGAGAGUUUCAUUUAAUGAAAAAUCUGGACCUGAUAAUUCUUUGAAAACUGGCUUAUUGGAGCAGAGUGGGCAAAAUAGCACUGUACAGCAGUCACUUCCAGGGACAUCCUUCAAAGAGCAAGUUAGUUAUGAUUAUCCUAUCUGCUCACCACCUCCUUCUCCCCCACUUGAACAUAUGAAAAUAUCUUUCUGUCCUGUUGAUGGGUUUGAGACCUUCAAACUAAAACUGAGAUUUCCUGAUGCGACUAACCAUAGUGAGAGUACAAGGGAUAUGUUUCCCUCAUUCCGAUUGGUUCCAGAGCAUUCCAUUCUUCUGCAUGAUUCAGGCUCCAAUUCAGAUGAUGACGAUACUUUUUGCAGAUCAUCUCCUUUUGUGUCAGAUGAUUGCCUUAGUCCUCACUCUGACUAUAAUUCCGAUCAGUGGGAGUCCUAUGAUUCUCCUGAUAUCAGUGGCGAUGGGGUAUAUGAUUUAUCCCACAGAAUAUCGUUAAUCGAUUCGAAGUCAAGUUCGCAAGAAGUCAGAGGAGUGACCAAUGUUGAUAUCAAUUUGGACAGUGAACAUACUAUGCUUACUCAGGAUAGUGCGGAACCUUCAUUAUCUGGGAAUUUACUUGAUUUUCCUAGCUUUGAUACUAUGAACCCUGUUCUUGGAAAAGAACGUAACGAGCAUUCUCAUUACGAUAAUCUCAAAUUGCAAGGUUACACUGAGUCUAUACCACCAGCACCGCCUCUUCCCUUAAGUCAGCGGCGGCUCUCAAAUCAGCGGUCAGAUAUGAUGAAUGAAAAACAAAAUUGCAUGUCAAAAGACGCUAAACAAAUUAAUGAUCCAACCGAUCAUGAGGAUCAUGAGUUUAAUGACGAUAUUCCAAGUAAAUUGAGGGAAAAGUCCUUCAAUCAAGAGCAUACAGUUACCGGAAAGCCAAAUGAUACAAGUCCAACUAUAGCAGACAAAGUUGCUGCAAUUUUGGAGAAAGCAAAUGCCAUGCGUCAGGUUAUUACAAGUGAUGAUGGUGAAGAUGAUAAUAACUGGAGUGACAUUUGAUGUGUUUGAUAGUCAUAUCAGUUUGUCUGCAAGAAAACAGUCAUCUUUGCCUUCUAACCUGAAGUUGCAUGAGGCCUUGCUGUACUGCAUGUAAGUAUGUGAAUAAAUCUGGUUUAUCUGUAAUUAGUUGUAGUGAAGCUGCUAUUUUAUUUUAUGUAGUUUUACGCCCAUUUGUAUUGAUUCCUUCAUUAGUUGAUUUUACUUUGAAGGUUUUGAGCUGGGUAAUCAUGUUAAGCUAAUGUAUUCUUAGAUUACUGUUCAAGGCGACUAUUUAUACAGAAUGCAAGAAAAUAUGAUAAUUGAGUCAUAAAUCCCAUUUGACUUUCUUACUAAAUAGGAGACAGUUUGGUUUUUUAUUAUUA